ACAGCCCCUCAGCCAGCACUACGAGACAAGCUGACCUGCCACUGACAUACCCACACACACUCUCACACACACUCUGCUGGAAGGGAACGAAGAGAGACCAAGAGAACGAACCAGAUAAACGGAAAACAAGAAAGAAAGGUAGAUGUACACACAAGAGGUGCCAAGUUCAUCUAAAUGCAGAGAAGAAGAGAAUUGGAGCUGAGGACAAAGACUGUUACUCGUGGGUAUUAAUAUACAGCUAUCAUGCAUUUUUCAAACGCAAAGUUGUGCGCAGCCAUGAAGCAGAGCAAAAGUACCAGAGGAAUCUAGGAAUAAUACAACAAGGAUCACAGUUUUUAAUUAAGAGAUGAAAGGAGGAAGAGGAAACAACCACUAGCUGUGUCUUGUUUUUCUCUGUUUGGAGCUUCAACAACAGCUACGUCCUUGUCCUCGCAUGGCAGCUUAGUGGGUCAUACAAUGAUCUACAGGGACCUCAAAGGCAAACUGGCUGGAUGUUAUGAAGAACACAAUGCACAGCCUCAAGGACAUAUGGAGGAGAAGGUCAAGCAGGAAAACCUUGUAGCAUUUUGGAGCUCAUAGAAUGUUUUUGCGUUCAUUGUCUUUGCUACACUGCUUGGAUAUUGUGCUUUAAAAGAACAGUGCCUAACCUAACCUUGACGCCCCUCACCUCGCAAAGAAAUUGGAAAGUUGACAUCUUAGCAGUGGCGAUUUUGAAGAUCCAAACAUGUCUGCUAAAGUCCAUUUGGAGCGCCAGAAGAAGGCCGAGCUGAGAGCCGGGGCUUCCUCUGCUCCGGCGUUUGCUCCACGUGUCCCCACGGUCACACUGAUCAGCCACAGAGAGCUAAGGGAUAAACACACCGCCACCAGACUCCAGCCAGAAAGCCCUGAUCUAAACCUGGCAACCAGCAGCUACUACAGAUACAGUGAAGGUAGCAGAGUGCAGAAGGUUGGAACAAUGCCAGAUUCACCUGCGGAUGUGAAAACCCAGCCCAGGUCCACCCCACCCACCAUGCCUCCUCCACCCCCGGCUGUCAGCCAAGCAACCAAUCGCAAUGCUUCAUUCACCCCGGCUACCAGUAAAUCAAUGCUGAAUGGGAGCAGCCACUCUCCUACAUCGCUGAACGGUGCUCCCUCCACUCCCAACGGCUUCAGUAAUGGGCCGGCGAUGUCGUCGACGGCCUCGCUUUCAAACCAGCAGCUCCCGCCAGCCUGUGGUGCCCGGCAACUCUGCAAACUGAAGCGCUUCCUGACCACGCUGCAGCAGUUCGGCAACGACAUAUCGCCUGAGAUCGGGGAGAGAGUGCGCAGCCUCGUGCUGGGGCUGGUGAACUCCACUCUCACCAUCGAAGAGUUUCACUCCAAACUUCACGAGGCCACCAACUUCCCUCUGAGGCCGUUCGUCAUUCCCUUCCUCAAGGCAAACCUGCCGCUGCUGCAGAGAGAGUUGCUCCACUGCGCCAGGUUGGCCAAGCAGACUCCGGCUCAGUAUCUGGCCCAACACGAGCAGCUUCUCCUGGACGCCAAUGCCAGCUCGCCCCUCGACUCCUCUGAGAUCAUGCUGGAGAUGAAUGAGCACGGCAAGAGAAGGACCCCUGACAGGACCAAAGACAGCUCAGAGAGAGAUGGGUUGCACCCGGAGCACAUGGCUAAGAGGCCUUGCACCAUCAGCCCCAGUCAACGCUUCAGCCCCAGCACGGGUCUUCCUGCUCACCCGCCACCCAACGGCCUCCCCACACACCCUCCCAACGGCCUGCCCCACCCACCUAACCCCCAAAUGGGACCCCAACACUAUCGCUUAGAAGACAUGGCCCUGGCGCACCAAUACAGAGACGCUUACAGACACAAUGAACACCGUGACGCCCGGGACCGGCACCGGCAGACAGCAGUACAUGGAGCGCGCCAAGAGGAGGUGAUUGACCACCGUCUUACAGAUCGAGAGUGGGCAGAGGAAUGGAAGCACCUAGAUAAUCUCCUGAACUGCAUCAUGGAUAUGGUGGAGAAGACGCGCCGCUCUCUGACGGUGCUGCGCCGCUGCCAGGAGGCUGACCGGGAGGAGAUGAAUCACUGGAUUCGGCGAUACAGCGACGUGGAGGAGAUGAAAAAAGGUGGGAGCAACGGACAGCACUGCCUUCCUCCUCCUCCUCUUCCUCCUCCUACUCCUCACCACAACUCCUCCUCCAACACAGCUAGCAGCAGCGAGUCACUGCCCAUAGGAACUUCCUCGGCUGCUGAAAGGCAGACAGGCAGACAGACAGAGAUCCACAGAGACUUCUUACACAGGCCUCCCUCAGGAUACCUGCCAGAAGAAAUCUGGAGGAAAGCUGGUACUACAAGCAUCCCGCUCUCCCCAGCACUAAAGCACCUCCAAAACAGGCAGGAGGAGGCAGUGAAUGAGGUUAAGCGACAGGCAAUGUCAGAGCUGCAGAAGGCGGUGUCAGACGCGGAGAGGAAAGCCCACGAGAUGAUUUCAGCAGAACGCUCCAAAAUGGAGAGGGCGCUCGCCGAGGCCAAGAGGCAAGCCUCUGAGGAUGCACUAACAGUCAUCAACCAGCAGGAGGACUCCAGUGAAAGCUGCUGGAACUGUGGGAGGAAAGCCAGUGAGACGUGCAGCGGCUGCAACACGGCUCGCUACUGCGGCUCCUUCUGCCAACACAAAGACUGGGAGAAGCACCACCAUGUCUGUGGUCAAGGCCUGCAGGGGCUGCCAGGGGGCAGCAGUGUCCCUCUAGGCACCCCCUCCUCCUCCUCAGCGUCCUCCGGUGCACCCCCUACCCACUCGGAGAGCACUCCUCCAGGGGCCUUGUCCUUGGCGGGCCAGAGCAGUAUUGCGGGAGGGCCUGGCAGCGGCAGUGGAAGUGUCUCUGCCAGCCCCAAGGAGAGCAGUUCCAGCAGUGCCUCUCGCUCCACAACUCCAGCUACCCCCGCCCUACUGGACGCCACCUCUCGUUGACAUCGGACCCUUGUCCCUUCCCUGCAUACUGAUGCGACGGUGGCCACACUCCACAUAAAACCAAACUGAGGAAUCUUCAUUGCACACUGCUCCCUUUCCUCCUCCCCCUAUUUCAGUCCUUAUGUCCCUCUUAUACUAAGCUCUUCUGAGAAUCUUCUCACUACCUGAUAAUAGACUGACUCAACUGGUCACCUUCCCCCCAAAAAAUGCUUUUUUUAUCUUUGUCUCUUUUACAACCACAGCCACAAAUACAAAGAUUCCAGCCUGGGGUUCAGUGUAGUGGAAAGCAUGAAAAGUGUCUCCUAUCUCUGUGUUCAGUCACAGAAACAUAUCACAUGUGUUUUGCUGAAAACAUGAGCUUUGACUUGAAGAUGUGGCUAAGAUGUGCCCUCAUUGAUGUAAGCACGUUAAAUACUGUCUGCAUGAGGACACAAGACAAGGGCUGUGGUAGGCAACAGUGAUGGGGGGACGACUAGGCUGAUUAGCACUUGGAUUGGAUUUCCCUUUAAUUUAGCACCAAUGAGAGUGCAGUACUCAGCCCUGAGAUGUGCACUACCAGUGCAAACAGUUCACUGAUGUGGCACUUAUUGUACAGUGUCCUAAUGGAGACAGGCAAGGACAAAAUACCUUUUUUUUCAAAUGGAUGAGGGAAGGGGAAAAUACUCAGAAACACAGCUUAGUAUUUAUUAAACGUUUCUUUCUGGCUUUAAUGGAAAAUAAAGAAAAGUCCAAAUAUUCUAAAUAAAGAAUAGUAGUGAUGAUGAUGCUGAUAAUGAUAAUGAUAUGAAAAUGAAUUAAUUUUAAACUGCUAACUACCUUGCUAGCGAGCCAAGAAAAUCUACACCGGACUCACCUCUCUGCACCAUUGUGAACCCAAAUGAAUUCAAAGAUGACAAAUAACAUGAUCCAAACCUUUGUAUUACACUGCCAAAGUGAGUAAGUAAGCGAUAAGGAGAAGCACUCAUCUUAUAACCAAACGCAAAGCAACAUCACCUCUUCAGCAGAUAAGCCAGCCCUGAGAGGACCAGGCUGCAGAGAAGCUGCAGAACGGGACCCAGAGAAAGUCAGACGUUUAAAAAAAUAAAACUGUGACGUGCUUUGAUCUGCAGCUGCCUCCUGUAGUCUGGACAAAGCUACAGCGAUUCCUCAGUGAUGGCCCAGACUAGUGAAUAAGGACAAUGCUGUGAACUUGCCUACAAGAAAGACUUAAUGAAACGGAUGGAAACCCUGCCACAGUGUGAUUUUUUUUGUUUUGUUUUGAAUGGUACCAGAGAGGACAGAGAGGAAAAAAGAGGAAAGUAAAAGCUACACAGCCUCAAAGGAGAUGAGAUACAUAAAUGGCAAAGGAGCUGCCAAAAACCUCAAAACAAGCUUGAAAACAUUGUCCAACAUUGCAUACUACGACGUAUGUAAGUCUUUUUUUUAAAAAGCUCCACAACAAGGAGAUAUUUCAAGGAUUUGCUGUUACCUUUACGUUCACUCCCUCCUUUUUCCAAAGCAUGAUAAACAGAUGAAAGAGCCUAGUGAAGGGCAGUGAAGACUUGGUUCUCCUCUCUCUUUCUACCUCCCCUCACCCCACACCUCCCUUCUACUGCUCUUCCCCAACGACUUGACUCAAGUCGGCCCCAAACCCCCCGCCUGCUUCGGACAGAGCUGCGGAGCAGUCUCGUGGGAAGGGUUCGAAAACCUGCUUGUAGAUAUUGUUCUUCUUUUCAAAUUUAAAUAAUGUCUCUUGUCGCUGAUGUCCACAUGUGCUGCCCUUGUGUAUAUCCAGAAAGAUGAACUUUGUUUUGGUUUUGUUUCCUUUCAUUUUCCUCCUAUAAGUUUGGGCUGAGCGGUGAGGUCCGACCUAGGAGGACACUCGCUGAUGAGAGGAAGCCCUGCAUUGUACUUAUUGUUUGAUUUGUUGUAUCUAUAUUAAGGAGAUGAAACCCCUCUUGUAGAAUAUUUUGUAUUGCUCGCAUUGUGAGACAGUGAGAGGACGGAGGUGCAAUAUGAAGAGAAUUCAGCUACUGAAUGGAACCUCAGAAACUGCCCAUAGGGUGUCAUAUAAUAUAGAUACAUAUAAAUAUAUUUAAAGUAACAUCGGUAACUUAAUGUGAAUGUACAUAGUAUUUAAGGAGGUCCAAAAAUGUGUUUGCCAAAUAACAGAAACCUUUAAAGUUUAACGUCCAGAUUAUGAUUUUUUCACAGUACAUUUAGUUCUCAAAUUUAUCAAUCUUUUUUUUUUCUCUCACACAAGUUAAUCAAUUUCAAUUUUCACUCAAAUCAAAGUGUCAUGUGACCCUGAGUGGAGGAGACUGUUGGUAAAAAAUGCAUGUAGCUGAAAAUGGAUGAAACAGAUCAAGGGUGGAUGGACACUACAGGACUGAAUUAUUUAGUCCUUAAUUUAUAAUAUACGAACAUCCACAUCCUAUAAUACCAUAAAAUAUGUUUAUGUUUAACUUUAAUCUUCUUUAUUUAUAUCCGAUGGUGCACUUGGGACUCAAAAGUCGUGUCAUGCUUCAUUCACCCCCGGUCUGUUUACAUCCUGCAGGAGGGGACUCAACAGUGUGUAUUGACAUAAAAGCCCAAAUUUAUUCAAAGUUUUGAAAAAAAAAAGGUGAAAAAGUCAUGGCUCAGUUACAAAUUUAGCUAAUUCUCAAUACAUUUAGGAAUUUUCAACCUUGGUAUAUCAUGUCAAGUGUUCUGUUUCUGCCACUGCAGCGACCCUCUCAUUCUCUUGGUCCUCAUCAACCUCUGUGUGUGUGUGAGUGUGUGAGGUUAGUAAUAUUUGUUACCCCCAAAGUACAGGGAAAGCCGUUACUGUAGGAUUAAGUGAAAUGCCGGUGUUAAGCUGAAGUAAACCCAAAAGCUAAUUUUGAUAUCCAAUCUUUGCAAUGUUGCUUUUUUAACAGAUUACUGCUUAUUUGUAAAGAUGCACGUUGAGCAUAAGCUUAAAAUCUUUUUCCAGACCAAGAGAGUAGUGUCACCUCUUCAGGUUUUCUUUUUUCACCAUUUCAGCAUUACCCACAUGCUCCAGCAAUAUGCUCGCCUCUGCUAAACACAUGAAUGCUAAACAGUCUCCAGGCCUUUACUUAAAGCAACAGAGGGCCUGUAGCAGCAAUGCUCUCACAAAUUUAAUUUUGAUCAUUUAAAACGCUACAAAGUUGGCCUCACACACACUUGGACCAAACUUGGAGAAAACAAUAGGUAACUUUCUUUUUGCCGUUAUUGGCAUAGGAAACAUGUGAAUCAUUUUAUUUGGACUUUCUGAGACACAUAAUUCAAAUGGGAUAAGCUACAAAGAACCCCUGCCUCUGUGUGUAACAUUUAUGUAUGUGUGUUAUGAUUAUUGUGAUAUGCUGGUGACCUCAGCCUUUUUGUGUCAUUUCCUCUUUUCCCCCUGAUGUCUAACUCCUCCACUACUACCCCAGACCGUCGUUCACACUAGCUACCUCCUGUGACCAUACAGCUAACCACCAGGAGAGGUUGACCUGGACUUUUGAAAAGCUGGGCUGAGAGCAGACAAGGUGGCGCACAUUCAAAAGUGAUCACGUGAAUCCGUCUGGAAAUCAUAAAAAUUGUUGAAAGGAAUUGCCAUUAGUCUUGAUGUUGAAAAGUAUCCCUUCUCACCAGACCUCAGCUGUUUGAUCCAUAGGUUUGAUCACAUCCCACUAACCAAACUGAUGCUGCCAGAAUUUAGUAGUAGGUACACAUACUGUACAGUCAAACUUGCAUAUUACCAAACUGAACACAGAAUCAACCAUGCCAUGCCAUUUGUUGUCCAAAACCAAUAAAAGCACAGACCAAAGUACUCUAUUGCCAUAAUAGGCUUUGACACAGUGUGUAUUGACAGACCAGAAAUAAGAAGGUUAGAGCUCCACCUCACCAGUUAACCAAAGUGUCUGAAAUACACACAAUCAGGGCACGAGAGUGAAGAGCAUGUUUAAUGAACUGAGUUUCAAAUGUGUAGAGUUUUUAUUCAAGCAAUCAAAGCGCUUGUUGUCUACAUAUUGAAUAGUGCUUCUAUUAAACUAAUAGAAGCAUCUUCGUUAGAAAAGCCUACUGAUUGCGUGUUCUCACAGUUACAAAGCCUUGCAGAGAUAAAAAUGAAUGCAUGGUGGGUGUGUGUUUGUGUGUGACUGGUGGUGUGUGUGCUUUUGUAAAAAAAAAAAAAAAAAAAAAAAUAGAAAAAAAAUCACACCUUUUUCUUUUUUUUCUCUCUACAAACUACUUGAAACUUUUCAGAGCUUUAAUGAAACAUCCCAGACAGAUUAAAGUGGCAGAUCGAUUCACAAUAUGUAGCAACAGCUUUGUGCAGUAAAAUACCAGGUUUGCGCACACUAUCUGCAUCAAAACAACAUCAUAAUGACAGUUCCAUUCAACUCUUUGAUGCUUUGUGUGUGUCUCCUUGUCUGCAAGUAAGCCCUCAGAUUAACUAUAACAAAGCCAAACCCAGUAGACCACUUAUAAAUGACCAAAAUACAACCAAAAGCUACAACAUUCUCUUCAGAUUUCACUUUGGUUAAGGUUUUUGUGCUUUGUCCCGGCAUUAGAUAACCUUAACAUGGUCGAUUGUGUGGGACAUGUGGCUGCAGUCUCCAUGGGAGAGAGCCAACUGUCCUUCAUUGAAAUUCUCCCUCCUGAUUUCUUUUGACAGGACACAAAAGACCAUGUUCUGUUACGCUGGGUGCAAACUUCAUUAAGUCAUGAAACAAAAUGAGAUUUGUGCCGAGGUGUCAUACUCGUUUCUCUGUGAAGAUAUCAUCCAUGGCAAACGGAUAAGGGCUCUGCUGUUGUGAAUAUCAUCCAAGGGGUCUCCGAACACUUUACAUCAGCCUCUUUUCUGUUUGUUUAACUAUGUACAUGAUAUGGGCAAAACGCAUGUUUAGAAAAGGCAAAUAUUAGCAGGUUGGCAUUCGUCUCUCUCUACCCCCAACCAGUAACUCUACCAAUGAAAUUUCAAAGCUCGUCUGAUGUGAUGGUGACACGUCCUUCCUGUGAAACAGGCACUGAUGAAUAGCUACAGUAGAAAGCUAAAGUGGCAAACACUUGUUUUCCCGAAAGCCAUGGCUCAGGAUGGUCCUGUUUUUACCGUUACAUGAAUUGAAAAAAAAAGGUUUAUGUUUUUUUUUAUGUGUAGGGAAGCAUUCUAUACUGUAUUGUGCAAUACAUUAUUACAGAACAUGUUUCUGUAGGAAAAGGUUGGCCCUUUGAAGAUCCUUCUCCUUUUGUUUUAUUUCCCUCUUCAAGAAGGUCCUGUUGCCGUUUUUAGAUGAAGUUAACUGUGCUGAAGAAUUAAAUUCUGAUUUGUAUUUAUUUCUUGCAUGCUUUCCUCCCUGUUGCUAAUACCGCUCUUUAACUGUUCGCUCUGUUGGAUGUGUGAAGCUGUAAAACAUUCUAAUUCAGGUUAUUGUCUGUGUUGAACAAUGUAACUGUGUAAUUAAAA